UCGUCUUUACUCACGAGCUUCACGUCUUGCGCUAUCAGACACGCCCGCAUGCUCAGUGCGCCCCAUAUCAGUGCGCGACAUGUCCCACUAGUCUACCUAAUACUUAGACGUCCUUCGUGUGCAUCCUUCGUGCACAUCCUUCGUAGUGCCCUCCUUGCGCAACACGAACCUCUGUCAAUGGUUCAUGUUCGCUGGUCUUCCCUUACACUUCUUUCUUCUCCUUUUCCCUCAUGUCCCUUUCCCCGUCUUCAUUUCCCCACGCCCCUUGAUCCUCCUUCCCGUCGUCGUCUCCCCUUCCCCGUCGUCGUCUCCCCUUCCCCGUCGUCAUCUGACCUUCUUCGGGGUCCAUCCACCUCCCUUGCAUGUCCUAUGUCGACUCCCCCUUCCCCUUUCCCGUACCACUUCCCCCUCCUCCCUGCAUUCCUCCUUUCCUGCCCUGCCCUUAUGCCCUCUCCCUCAAACGGCUCUCAGUCCCUUCCUUCUCUACUCUAACCCCAUCGGAUAUGGUGUAACGGCCAACAUUGCCGCCUCUCAUAGUCCCAUAGGAUGCAGUGCGCGGCAGCUCGGGGUUCGAUUCCCCGUAUCCGAAUACGGCCACGGCACUUGUUUUUUUCGUGCUCCCGAAAUCCAUGUUGCACCGUGCUCCCGAAAUCCGUGUUGUAUCGUGCUCCCGAAAUCCAUGUUGUAUCGUGCUCCCGAGAUCCACGUUUGUCUGUCGCGCUCCCGCGACCCAUGUUUCCUUCUUGCUCACAAGACCUACAUCUUCUUUCGUGCUCCCGCGACCUAUAUUUUCUUUCGUGCUCUCGCGACCUAUAUUUUCUUUCGUGCUCUCGCGACCUAUAUUUUCCUUCGUGCUCCCAAGACCCAUAUUUUCCUUCGUGCUCCCGCGACCUAUAUUUCCUAUCGUGCGCCCGAAACCCAUCCAUAUUGUGGUGCUCGUUGACUUGGACGGCUUGGUCCUUCCCUCCCUACCCCCUCUCCCACCUCCCUCCCUACCCUCUCCCCCUUCCAUCUCUCCCCCUUGCCCCUUCCCUCCUCUCUUCCCUUCCCUCCUCUCUUCCCUUCCCUCCUCUCUUCCCUUCCUUCCCUCC